AGAUGAAGUAGACCGAAAGAAAACGGAGUCGCCAUGCAUUGAAAGCUUUUCCAAGAUAUACACAGGAGGCGUUGCUUGCAUAACCUGUUCCAAUCUGCAGGAUUAUGUGGUGGUUGUGCUUGUAUUUUCUGCAUUCUGUGGUCGCGGCAGUCAGCAACAAUGGAACCGAAAUUAGGCCCUCGCGGAGAGGUUUUGCCAGACUUGAUUCGACGAGUUGUGAGCUCUCGGGCUCCAGAAGACCAUUGAUAGAUGUCAGAGCGAUGGUGAUAAACCCUAACCCGAUAGAGUUACCUGGGAGAUUCAAGGUUCAAGUUGAGUUCAAGAUUCGAGAAACCGUCGAUGACCAUUUAUCGCUCUCCCUGGAAAUGCACAAGAAGUUCCAUAUCCUAUUCGGACUGUACACCUGGAUCAAAAUACCGUGCCUGAAAGCAUCUGGGAUUGGAUCGUGCACUUACGACGACCUAUGCAAAUUGGAAAUGUUCAACGGGACGCAAUGCCACAACAUGAUCACCGGCGAAGACGUUGAAUGCCAAUGCCCGUAUAGCAAAGGCCAUUGGAGACUACCGCCCACGGAUUUCCUCAUCGACGAAGUUCCGGAACUCCCGGGAUUCUUGUUAGAAGGUGAUUUCUUCAUCAGGGCGAACGUCAAACGAGCGGAUCGGCACGUGGCUUGUCACAGCACAACCCUUAAACUCAACCUCCACCAGAACGAACUUUGAGCUCAGCAAAUGGCUGAAUAGUCUUCUGGGGUUUGAAGGAACGCAUGGAAGGAAAACUUGAAGGAUGAACUCUGUAUAUACAACAACCCAUAAUCCAGAGGCAGCUAUAGUGUGCAUAUGAGUGUUUGUCAAUAAGUGAGGCCAAUAGCUUCGAUAACGGAGACUUCUUGAAGACGUCGGUGCCGCGAAGAAGUGACAGCGAUCGACAAGGACGAAAUAAAGAAAUGUAGGAAAAA